AUGCAGAAUUUGAAUGACCGUUUAGCUUCCUACCUGGAAAAGGUACGCUCCUUAGAAACCACCAACUCCCACCUCGAAAAGCGGAUCCGGGAGUGGUACGAAAGCAGCUCCCCUGCCACUAGACAAGACUACUCUGCAUAUUACAAAACUAUUGAAGACCUUCAGAGCAAGAUUAUUGCAGCACGACUAGACAACACUCAGCUCAUCCUGCAGAUUGACAACACCAAGCUGGCUGCUGAUGAUUUCCGAGUAAAGUAUGAGACUGAGCUGGGACUUAGACAAAAUGUGGAAAAUGACACCACAGGGCUGCUGAGACUAAUUGAUGACUUGACCCUGGUAAAGGCUGACUUGGAACAUCAGGUGGAAGGUCUGAAGGAAGAACUGGCUUACCUCAAGAAGAAUCAUGAAGAGGAAAUGGAGAGACUGCGCCGGCAGCUGAGUGGCACUGUGACAGUGGAGGUGGAUGCCGCUCCAAGCAUUGACCUUGCGCAGAUAAUGGACAAUAUGCGUCAGCAAUAUGAAGCCAUGGCAGACAAACACCGUGAAGAAGCUAAACAACAGUUUGAGAAACAGAUUGAAGAAUGGAAUGUGGAAAUAACCACGAACACCCAACAAGUUGAGAGCAACAGAAAUGAGAUUACAGACCGGAGACGCAUCCUCCAGGGCCUGGAGAUUGAACUCCAAUCCGAGCGUAGUUUGAAAACAAAUACAGAGAAUGCUGUGGCAGAGAUUGAGGCACGUUAUGGAGUGAUCCUGGCCCAAAUACAGGCCUCUAUUGCAAAUGUGGAGACCCAGCUGCUGCAGAUGCGAGAGGACAUGGAGCGGCAGAGUUUUGAGUACAACAGCCUCUUGGAUAUUAAGGUCCAGCUAGAGGCGGAGAUUGCCACCUAUCGUCGCUUGCUGGAAGGAGAAGAUAGCAGAUCUAUUUUGGAACUGGAGAUUGCAAAAAGAGAAGAAGCUGAGAGAGAAAAGAAUAAAGUUCGGAAGAUCAAGACUGUUGUUGAAGAGAUGGUUGAUGGAAAAGUGGUCUCAUCCCAAGUCAGAGAGAGAGAAGAGAAGAUGUAG